UUGUACUCGUAAACUCAGGAACACCACGCGGGGACAUGAUCGAUGAAAGGGACUCUCCGGUGUAGAUCGUGCAGUAAUAGGACUAUUUUCGGUUUUCCACAACUGCGGAACGUAAAUUUUCGAGUUGCGUGAACCGAAAUCGAACAAUUGCACGAAGCCAUACCACAUCAUUCCCGUGUUCGAUCCUGCCCGCCUGAUAUUGAGGCUGCGAAUCAUAGUCUGCUCCGCGUUCCCUUCAUCCUAGAUCUCCAAAGGUUUUUCGAAGCAAUCGCUACAACAUUGCAGGCAAUGGGGGUGGACAUGACCGACACUGACAAUACCACUGCAGAAGCGAAAGCGACGCGUCCAUCAAAGACUGCUGGCCGAUCAGGAGCACAAGAAGCUCCCAAGUCACAUUGGUGGUCUUUACCUGAACCCAUCAAACGCGUGUUCGAUCGGUUUCCUCUCGUCACUUAUCCUGCGAACAGCCUUCCACAGAGAGCUCCCAGAUAUCGAAACGAGAACAUCCUCUACAUCUUCCAGUCAGAAGAAUCACGAAGUCGGCAUGCACCAUCAUUCAACCCAUCCUGUUUAAAAUGGCAAGCAUAUCUCAAGUUUCAUGGGAUUCCUUUACGCACUCAAGCAUCGAACAAUCAUGCUUCUCCAACUGGUUCGUUACCUUUCCUGCUCCCAGCAACCUCCGACCCUCAACGUCCAGCAUCUCCGAUACCAGCGAAUCGAUUAGCAAGAUGGGUCAUUUCACAAGGAGGGAAAGAAGAGGCUGAACACUUGAGACAAGAAGCAUACACGGCGUUGAUUGAUCAUAACCUCCGAAGUGCCUGGCUGUACUAUCUGUACUUGGACGACAACAACUUCCGGAGUGCGGCAUGGCCAAUGUAUGUCGAGACCGCCUCAACUUCCUAUGCUGUGAGAACAAGCCUUGCACAACAACUGCGGGGUGCCGCCCGGGAAGAGCUGCUGAAGACAAACACUAUAAUCGACGGGCAGGAAUUGUACUCGAAAGCAGAAGAGGCUUUCAAAGCUCUGUCAUGGCUUCUAGGGGACGACCAAUUCUUCUUUGGUCAAACAACGCCCGGAUUGUUUGAUGCCAGUCUGUUCGCAUACACCCAAAUCAUACUCGAUGACGACCUGGAAUGGAAGACGCCGACAUUGAAGCUGGCGUUGCAACGGUAUGACAAUCUUGUACAACAUAGGGCACGUCUGGUACGUGGGUUCUUCUCCAGUUGAGGUGGAAAAGAGCAGGCUUCGG